GUCGGGCGGCCCGGCAGUAGGGCGGCUCGGCUGCUCAGCGGCUCGGCGGCAGUGCAGCUCGGCGCCCGGGCGGCUCGGCGGCAGGGCGGCUCGGCUCCCGGGCGGUUCGGCGGCAGGGCGGCUCGGCUCCCGGGCGAAUCGGCGGCAGGGCGGCUCGGCUCCCGGGCGGCUCGGCGGCAGGGCGGCUCGGCUCCCGGCGGUUCUGCUGCUAGGCGGCUCCCGCAGGUAGGGCGGCGGUUGGGCCGCAGGUAG